CUCGACUUUUUACUCUUCCUCCCCUUGGCUUUGUUGGGGCAAAAUUCUAGGGUUGUGAGACUCAUCUUCAGAUUCGCCCGAGGGCUGUUUAUCUUGGGUUUGGAUUGUUUGCUAUAUCGACCAUGAGGACUCGAAAUAAUAGAACCCCGAAAUCUGCAGCCGCGAAGAAGACGCCAGCGGCCAGAAAAUCUGCCACCAAAACCCCUCCUACCCCGCCACCGGAGUCGGGACCAGAAUCCUCUGCUCCCGGAACCAGCGAGACCAAGACAACCUCUCCCCUCAAAUUGACAACUUCUUCGAACCUUGAAGAACCUGUCGAACAAGCGAAAGCAUCAACUGAUGCCGUGGAAGUGACACCGGAAACAAAAGUUGCUACAGGAACUAAAACAAAAAAAACCGUGGUGAGGAAAACACCGUCGAGGACAAAGACUCCUAAUUCAGCAAACCAUGUUUCUAGACAGGUGACUCCUAAAUCAAAGGAAACAGGAAAUUUGAAGGCUGAAGAGUCAUCCAAGAAGGACGAGCCUAGGAAUGUUGAGUCCGUGAAGAAACAAGAGUCCUCUCUUUUAAAUGUUGAAAAAUCUUGCAGCAAGGAAGAACCUGCUGUUGAAAAUGUUGAGGAAACCAUGGAGGAGGAAGAUCUGAAUGUUAUGAAUGUUGAAGAACCACCAAAGGAAGCUGAAAAGAUUAUUGACAUUAAACAGCCUUUGAUUCCAAAUGCUGAAAAAUCCUCAAACGAGGAAGAUCCUGCUGCUUUAGAUGCUGUGGAGCCUGCAGAGAGUCAUGAACCUGGCAUGAUGAGGGACGAAGAUGGGGUGAAGGAAGAAAUGAAGGAGAAGAGGAUCCUCGAGGAUGAAGUGAUAUCCAAUAAUGAGCUCAGUAACAUGAAGGAAGAUGCCGAUAAGGAGUUGAAAGGAGAAAAUCCUCAUCCUGAGAAUGAGUACCACGGUGAGGAAAAGAUGGAGGAGGGCAGAGACCAAGAAGUUAAAGAAUUUGGGCAAGGAGGGCUUGCAGAAGAUGAUAUCCCAGAGCAUGGUGAGGAGGCAAAGGCUUCAGCAGAGGAACGCCUGGAAUUAAAUGCUGUAGCAAAUGAGCACAAGCUUAGGAAGGAACUGGAGAUAUUCGUUGGUGGGUUGGAUCAUGAUGCCAUGGAAGAUGAUGUCAAAAAGGCUUUUGAGAAUGUUGGUGAGGUAGUUGAAGUUAGGUUACACAAGAAUCCUUCUACCAAUAAGAACAAGGGCUAUGCAUUUGUAAGGUUUGCAACUAAGGAGGAAGCAGCUCGAGCAUUGUCAGAACUGAAAAACCCUGUUAUAUGUGGGAAGCGAUGUGGGACUGCACCAAAUGAGGACAAUAACACACUAUUCUUGGGUAAUAUAUGCAAUACGUGGACAAAGGAAGCUAUCAAGCAGAAACUGAAAGACUAUGGGAUUGAAGAUGUUGAGAACAUUACUCUUGUUUCAGAUCCCCGGCAUGAAGGUUUAAGUCGUGGUUUCGCAUUCCUUGAGUUUUCUUGUCAUCCCGAUGCCAUGACUGCAUAUAAGAGGCUCCAGAAGCCUGACGUUAUUUUUGGUCAUCCUGAGAGGACUGCAAAAGUAGCUUUUGCUGAACCUUUACGCGAGCCAGAUCCAGAGGUUAUGGCCCAAGUUAAAUCAGUAUUUAUUGAUGGUCUCCCUCCUCACUGGGAUGAAGACCAAGUUCGAGAGCAAUUAAAAUGUUAUGGGGAGAUCGUGCGUGUUAUGCUGGCCAGGAACAUGUCAACUGCAAAGAGGAAGGAUUUUGGUUUUGUUGAUUUUGUUACACAUGAGGCUGCCAUUGCUUGUGUUGAGGGUAUAAAUAACACAGACCUUGGGGAAGGAAACACGAAGAUUAAAGUAAAAGCAAGACUUUCAAAUCCUUUGCCAAAAACUCAGGCUGUUAAGGGUGGAAUGUGUGGGGGGUUUCGAAUUGGCCAUGGCGGUGCAGGAAGCUUUUCCAAUUCUGGGAGGGGUUUUGGCCGGCAUGCUUUCAACCGACCAAACUUUCAACGUGGCAGGGGUUUCCAUCCACGUGGGCGUGGUCAAACUUCGAGAAUGGGUUUUAUCCAUGAACAUGAGUUUGAUGUCCAGUAUCCUCCUUUCCACCGAAGAGAAAUGUUUGGGCGAGGUGGAUGGAGGGAUUCAUUUGAGGGUCCUUAUGACACAUUCAGUAGAGGUCCAGUUCCAGCUAGACCUGACCUUGAUAUGAUCAUGCAUGAUGCACCUGGUAGAGAUCAUGGAAGGCAUAACCCAACUAGGAGACAACCAUUCAUCCCUGAGGAAGGAUUCAAUAGACCAUUUGUUGGAAGCCAUUUUGAUGACCCUUACUUUUAUGAUGAAAGUGCACAUGGAAUAAAACGACCAUUCUUUAUGACAGAUUCUGGUUCUAGUCACAUGGAGCCUAGCAGAUUCCGUCCUCGCUUGGAUUAUUCUGAUCCUGAAGUUCCAUUUCGUGCACCUCACUAUCAAGAUCCUUCUGGAGCUGGAGGCAGUCUCUACUCACAUGAUUAUUAUCGAUCUGAAUUUGGUGAAGGCUCAUAUUCAUCUUUCCAUGGGAAUGAUCGCCCUUAUGGAGGUGGCUAUUACUACUAGAUUGGAGAGGCUUUGGUAAACCUGGAAGGUGGGCUGGAGAUCGCUCAGUGGUGGAGUCUGGAGAUUCUGCUUGAAAGGAAAGCUGAAAUUAGUUUCUCUUGCCGCUUAUUUCUCUAUUUUUUUCAGUUUCCUUAUUAGUCCUCUGCCUUUGCCUUCCUCCACCUUCCUCUGUUCUCUUUGUCAAAAUUUCAGAGAUGGUGAGUUCAAGUGUCUAGUUUAGUCAAUCUCUCCAGGAAGGUUUAUUUUAUAGAUAUGAAGGUAUCAUCUCUUUUGGCCCUAGAUAGGAGUAGCUUGAGGAAGUAGAUAUGGCCUGUGAAGAUGAGCAGCUGAGAUUGCAAACUUGUUCAUGAUCUUGUGUGGUGUUGAAUACAUGUUAAUCCUUUUAUCUUGAAGGUUAAAAGAAACAAAUUCGAUGACUAUUUGUUAUCUAUGGCAGAGUUCCAGUUGAAGUUUUUGUUCAUUGGCAUAGAAAA